UUCCUGUGACGUAGCGCUAGCUUCUGAUGCUACACGCGGGAAACAGGCGAAGCGGCUCCUCACAUUAACAAGCAUCAGUCGUCGCCUGUAGCUGAGAUGGGAGACACACUAGAGUUCAACGAGAUUUACCAGGAGGUCAAAGGCUCCUGGAAUGAUGGGCGGCUGCGUUUCAGCAAGCAAAAUGUGGUUUACAAGAGCAGCAAGACCGGGAAGGUGGACAGCAUCCCGGCUGGAGAGCUCAACCUGGCCCAGUGGAGACGAGUGUGUUUAGGUCACGGCAUCAAGCUGGGCACCAGCACGGGACAUGUCUACAAAUAUGAUGGCUUCAGAGACACAGACUUGGAGAAGAUCUCUGAGUUUUUCAAGGCUAACUACAAGGUGGAGCUCGAGGAGAAGGACAUGUGUGUGAAGGGAUGGAACUGGGGAACAGCGAAGUUCUCAGGGCCACUGUUAUCAUUUGAUGUAAAUGACAGCACAGCAUUCGAGAUCCCACUAUCCAAUGUGUCCCAGUGCGCCACGGGGAAGAACGAAGUCACUCUGGAGUUUCACCAGACGGACGACACUGAAGUGUCUCUCAUGGAGGUCCGAUUCUACGUCCCGCCCAGCCAGUCUGAUGAGCGACAAGACCCUGUGGAGGCGUUUGCCCAGAAUGUGUUGUCUAAGGCUGACGUGAUCCAGGCCACAGGAGACGCUGUGUGUAUCUUCAAAGAGCUGCAGUGUCUUACGCCCAGAGGAAGAUAUGACAUCCGUAUCUACCCGACUUUCCUUCACCUCCAUGGUAAAACUUUUGACUACAAGAUCCCGUACACCACCGUCCUCCGUCUGUUCCUGCUGCCACACAAGGAUCAGAGGCAGAUGUUCUUUGUGAUCAGUCUGGAUCCUCCCAUCAAGCAGGGUCAGACGCGUUAUCACUUUCUCAUCCUGCUCUUCUCCAAGGAAGAGGACAUCAGCCUCACCCUCAACAUGAGCGAGGAGGAUGUGGAGCGCCGUUUUGAGGGCAAACUCAGUAAAAACAUGUCAGGGUCUCUGUAUGAGAUGGUCAGCAGGGUGAUGAAGGCCCUGGUCAACCGUAAGAUCACUGUGCCCGGAAAUUUCCAGGGUCACUCUGGAGCUCAGUGCAUCACCUGCUCCUACAAGGCGUCCUCAGGCCUCCUCUACCCUCUGGAGAGGGGCUUCAUUUACGUCCACAAGCCCCCCGUGCACCUACGCUUCGAGGAGAUCUCCUGCGUCAACUUCGCCCGAGGCACCACCACAACACGGUCCUUUGACUUCGAAAUUGAGACCAAGCAAGGAAAUCAGUACACCUUCAGCAGCAUUGAGAGAGAAGAGUACGGCAAACUGUUUGACUUCGUUAACGCCAAGAAGCUCAACAUCAAGAACAGAGGAUUCAAAGAGAAGAAGGUGAAGCAGUUAAGAGAGUUUGCAGAAUCGGACUUGGAAUUCUCUGAUGAGCGACGAUCACGAAAAACAGGCAUGAAGGGUAAUAUUGACGAGUACAGCGACUCAGACGACGACCAGCACGAUGCCUACCUGGAGAGGAUGAAGGCUGAGGGCAAGAUCAGAGAGGAGGGCAACGACAGCGAUGAUUCAGGAGGCGAAAGCGAUGAGUCGUUUAACCCCGGAGAAGAAGAUGAUGACAUUGCAGAAGAGUAUGACAGCAAUGCCUCAGCAAGCGACAGCAGCGAUGAUGGAGAUGAUAGCGAAGAUGAGAGCGCAAAGAAGAAAAAGAUCAAGAAAGCCAAAGUGGUUAAGGAGAAAAAAGAGAGGAAACCACGCAAAGAGAAGAAGCAGAAAGAUAAAGGCGGCCCCAAGAGGCCGAUGAGCGCCUACAUGCUGUGGCUCAACUCCAGCCGCGAGCGCAUCAAGUCGGAGAACCCGGGCAUCUCCAUCACAGAGAUUUCCAAGAAGGCCGGAGAGAUGUGGAGACAACUGGGCAAAGACGAGAAGGAGGAGUGGGAAACAAAGGCAGGAGAGGCAAAGAGGCAGUAUGACAAAGCAAAGAAAGAGUACAAAGAGAGCGGCGGAGGAGCGACUUCCAGUUCCAAGAAGGAAAGUAAAAAAGGAGGUAAGAAGGAGGAGAAGAAGAGAAAGUCUGCUGGGGGAGACAAGGACAAGGAGCGAGGAGGCAACGACAGCUUUAAAAGUAAAGAGUUCAUCGAGACCAGCGAGGAGAGUUCAUCAGACUCUGACCACAAGAGCAAGUCCAAGAGGAAGAAGGAAUCCGAAGAAGAGGAAGAAGAGGCUGUAUCCACACCUGCCAGCUCAGAGGAAGACUCUGACUAAACACACACA